AUGGCUCUUCCUCAAAAAAAAUACUAUCGCCAACGAGCACACUCUAACCCGAUGGCAGAUCAUUGUUUUGAAUACCCUUCAAAGCCUGACGAAUACGAUUGGUCAGAGUUAUAUCCUGAUUUAAAUAACGGUUUGAAUAACAAGCUAGUUGAAUUUUUAGAUGUUGGUUGUGGUUAUGGAGGUCUUUUAGUAACACUUUCUCCAAUGUUUGAGAAAAGUCUGAUAUUGGGCUUAGAAAUAAGAGUAAAAGUAUCAGAUUAUGUAAAUGACAGAAUUCAAGCUCUUAGAACACAAAAUCCAGAAAAGUUCCAAAAUAUUGCUGUUUUACGAACAAAUGCUAUGAAAUAUUUACCUAAUUUCUUCCAUAAGGGUCAGAUAAAAAAAAUGUUUUUCCUCUACCCAGAUCCUCACUUUAAGAAAUCAAAACAUAAAUGGAGAGUAAUUAACAAGUGGCUACUUUCAGAAUAUGCAUAUGUUUUAGCUGAACAGGGUACUGUGUAUACUAUAACUGAUGUAAAAGAUCUACAUGAAUGGAUGGUUAAGCAUUUUGAGGAACAUGAAUUAUUUGAAAGAAUUUCUGAUAAGGAACUGAAAGAAGAUAAAAUUGUAGAGAAACUUUUUGAAAGUACAGAAGAGGGUCAAAAGGUGUCUAGAAAUAAUGGUGAAAAAUUUCUUGCAGUUUUUAGAAGGGUUGGUGAUAAGUUUAAAAUUACAACUAAAUGA